AUGGCUGUAUCCAGUCACCGUCCCGUGACCUCUUUCCCCUUUGGAACAACGGUUCCACAAGCCAGUAUCGAGCCAUUCACACUCGCUCUCGAUCGUGAGGCUCUUGAGACCUCUACAAAGAUUCUCGAUAUCAUCGGCAGAUAUCGCAUGAAACAAGAUGAGCGUAUCUGCUCACAGUCAGAUCAAUCAGCUCUCAGAUUCAUUGCUCUUAUCUAUACACAUGUCAAAGCUGAUAGCCCUGUUCCUCUGUGCCUCCCAGCAUUUCCCUUCAAGUCACCAAACUCAUCCUCAAAAACUUUGGGGAAGCUCCCCGACAAGGGCGAAGAGAUUGCCCUUGCUCAUCUAAAUGGCCUGUGCAAUUCUAUUGGCGAUGUGUAUACGCCAGGUGCCAAGCUCACUAUCAUUUCAGAUGGACUUGUGUAUAAUGAUUUGUUAGGCGUGCCAGAUAGAGAUGUUUGGGCAUACGGCGAGACUCUUCGAUCACUGGCAGCCGAAAAGGAAUUUCACAACAUUUCAUUUUCACGUCUAAGGGAUCUUGUCGAGAUCGAUUUGCCAAAAGAACUCGACGAGAUGACCUACGUGGCAAAUGCAUCAAACUUUCGUUGCGCACUUCUCAACACCUUCAGUAAGCCUGGAUGGAGUUGGGAUCAAGUUCGACAGUCAGACGACCAGUGUAUGACAUAUCGUGGCUACAUCAAGUUUCUCCAAACAGAUCUGGAAACGGUUUACCCGGUUGGUGAAGGUCGCAGCAAGUCCAAGUAUAAGAGAGGAAUCGAGUACAUCGCGAAGCAGAUGAUGGCUCGCGGAGACGCCUUUGCCAAUGCUGUUCGACAAAAGUACCCUGAUCACAUUCGGCUAUCAAUUCAUCCAUCAACUGGUGCUCACAAGCUUUCCGUUAGUUUGCUGCCAACUGACUCAAUAUACACUACCCCAUGGCAUUGCAGUGUUGCGUACAGACUGGAUGGUACGAUUCGGACAGGCAUGCGAUCAGAAUUCGAUAGCGACGACACUUUUGAACUGGUUUACAAUAACGGGCGACCUUCAUACUAUCGUGAAAGGUCAUCUCUAGUUUCAUGGGCUGGGGAUAAGGGUGGCAUCAUCGUCGACCCCAUGUAUCCUGCUGGUCUGACCAUUCGUCCUGCCAAUGGACCUAGUUCUUUGACAAUCGAUGACAUUGACACUAAGAAAGUACGCGCUCUGUCAGAGAUCAACUCCCCAGUCGUUCUGAAGGGUUUUGUCAAAAAGCCCAACCGCGACCGUUUCAUUAAUCUCAGCCACCGCUUCGGAACCCCGUUGCCCUGGAAGUUUGGUCUUUUGCUGGAAGUCAAGGAUCGUGGUGCAGACGCUCGAGGUUUGAACAAUGUUCUCUCUGCCGAGCCUAUGCCAUUCCACUACGAUGGCUUGUUCAAGGUCGUGCAACAGACUGACGAGGAUGGAACUGAGAAGACAGUUUCAACACCACCACAGUUCCAACUUUUCCAGGGUGCCACAUCUUCACCCAAAGACACUGGAUUCACCAUCUUCUCCUCAUCAACCCUAUUCUUCAAGUACCUACCGAUGUGGCUCAAGAAGGACAUUUCAAAACUCACCUGGACUGUUUCGACAACAGCAUUCGAUAACACAGUCUUGAGAGGCCUACCACUGGCUAUCGAUCAUCCCACGACUGGAAAACCAUGUCUUCGUUACCAUGAACCUUGGCCUCAGUCCAAGACCGUGUUUGAUGCUUCUGAAGUCACAAUCGAUGGCUUCGAGAAGACGGAGAGUGCUGCUAUCACCGAUACUAUUGAUUCGGCUCUUUACGAUCGCAGAGUUGCGCUGUAUUAUGCUUGGGAUAAGGGUGAUAUCCUGGUCAGUGAUAACAUCUUAAUGAUGCAUACACGGAGCGACUUUACUGCGGGGGUUGAUCGGGAGCUUUGGAGAAUCCACUUUGAAUGA